UCUUGUGAGCAGACUAUUUUUAAACAAUGUCAAAUGAUGGCGAAGAAUUUCGGAGAUUUAAGCUAAUUUAACGUGGCAUCAGGAAAAUGGCAAACGUAUAUGGAACAAAUGGAAUUUUUCUUUUUAGCUAAGGAUAUUACAGACGCAAAAAAGAAAAAGCUAUCUUUCUAGCUUCAUGUGGGAUGGAAACUUUUACAAUAUUAAAAUCGGUCGCCACACCGGUUAACAUAUUAGAUGAGAAAUUUACAUUUGAUGCGGCAACUAAACUAUUGACGAGUCAUUUUUGUCCAGCAGCUAAUAUAAUAAUUCACCGUUUUAAAUUUUAUAGGAGGUAUCAAACAGAAGACGAAUCAAUUACCGAAUUUUUGGCAGUGCUAAGGAAAUUGAGCCAAGACUGCAAUUUUAAUGAUUUAGAUGAAAUGUUACGAGACAGGUUAGUCUGUGGCAUUCACGACGGGAAAUUACAGAAGCGGCUUCUGGCGAAUGACCAGUUAACAUUAAAAAUAGCGCAGGAGGAAGCUAUUGCAUCAGAAACAGUACAAAAAAAUGCGACGGAACUUAAAACGUCAGCCAGCCUGCCAGGUUUGAAUAAAAUUUCAAGCAACAAGAUAAAACAUAUUCGUGCUCCAGUAGACCAUAUUCAGAAUUGUUAUCGUUGUCGAGGAAAUCAUCAGUCAGAUCAGUGCAAAUUUAAAGACGCGGAAUGUUAUUAUUAUAAAAAGCUUGGACAUAUUAAGAGAGCUUGCAUAAAAAAAAACAAAAUUCAAAUAGCCAGCAACAAGUAAUUGGAGAAAGCCAAACAGAGUAAAUCUUUUAGAUACAAACCAGGAAACUCAAACAACGGAGUAUGUAUGGUCAAUGUUCGCUAAAAGUAGCCCAGCGGUUAAGAGAGUGAUUACGAUAGGUAAGUCACCGGUACAAAUGGAAAUUGACUCUGGUGCAAGUUACUUAAUAGUAAGUGAAAAGUUAUUUAGAGGAAAA